AAUCGGUAAGUAAAUGAAAGCAACAGUAAUAACCGUAGAGAAAAAAGCAUUAUGUCACACAAGCCUACUAGAAAUAGACUGACGUGAAAAAUCGUAGUCAUCGAAUAAAGCACACUUUCAAAAAACAGCAUGGGUAUUACUGCUGCACGGAAAAAAAGAUAAUGUUUUUAAUUACCCUCACAUUCGCAGCAAUACUCAAGUAGGCAUCGAAAAUUGUUAAACACGUUUUGUUCUUUCGGUCUCGGUUUUGUUUAUAAUCAGAAGUUCGAAGAAUCUAACUUUUAAUUUUUUUGAUUUAUAAGCAAUGGAGCUUUCGACCAGUCAGAAAGACAACCGAGUUCUCAUCUAUAACGGUUUUGAGUAUCUGUAUGCUAAAACAUUAAAUGGAAUAGAUACAUGGAAGUGCCGUGAAAAUCGACAAUCGAAGUGCCAUUCCCGUAUGAAGACAAGAAACAACGACAUUAUACAAGAGCCAAGUAGUCACAGUCAUGAUGCCUGUCCUCAAAAAGCUGAAGCAAACAUCGCAAAAAGACGAAUGGUAGAAGCCAUGGCUGAAAUAAAUGCCACCGCCCGCAAUGUUAUUGGAGAGACAUUGUCAAAACUAAGCACGGAUGUAAUUGCUUAUCUGCCAAAGCAAUCUUCCCUUGCUAGAACUCUUCGAAACCACCGAGUAAUGAAGCACUUGCCAAAUCCACCCACGGCAGAUUUUGCAAUUCCUGAGAAAUACAGGGAUCUUGUAUUACACGACUCGGUAUUAGACGGUUCAAAUCGAAUUUUAAUAUUAGGAGAUCGAGAUUUAAUGGGCAAAUUAAGUCAAGACACACUAUUCGGCGACGGAACAUUUGACAAAGCACCAAAUAUGUUUUACCAACUCUAUACAGUCCAUGCCAAAGUAGGAAAUUCGUAUCCACCAUGUGUGUAUAUACUGCUGACGAAGAAAAAUGAACAAACGUACUUGGAGAUGUUUAAUAUUUUAAAAAGGUGCUGCCGGAAGAGGUCCACUAUUUCAUCCUCGAACAUGGAACCACUACGAUACAGCUCUCAAUGAAUCACCAAGGACUACUAAUAGUUGCGAAGGAUUUCACAAUGCCCUCAAUUCUAUAUUUCAUUGCAGUCACCCAAGUGUGUGGACCCUUUUCGAUGGAUUGAGACGAGAUUUAGCUUGUCACAAGCUUACAUUAGUGAACUCUGAAACUAACCAACUGGAGCCUACUAAAAGGAAAUACAGGAAACUUUACGCGAUUGUAGCCAGUUCAGUAGAAAAAUAUCAUGGAACAAAGGACAAGUUAUCUUAUUUAAGGAAAAUAGCUAAUAUACAAUAAUUAAUAUUCCUCUUUAUCAACUAUUACAAUGGACUUUUAAUGAAUUUUCGAUAUGAGGAAAUAUUACAUUGUUCUUCGCAAAAAUAAAAACAU